GAACGGACCAUGUUGAAAUGUAGAAAAAAAAAUGUUCUCAUUUUCUGAUGUCAGAUGGAAUGGAAUAGGAAGCAGGAGUUUAAAUGAUUUGUGCAGUAAUUCAUAUGUUAAGUUGUUGAUAAAGUAAAGUUUUUAUUUUUCAUUGUUGUUGUUAUUUUCAAUAUCUUUCAAAAUGGAAUGUGCCGAAAGAACUGUGAACAUUGCUGCUGAUUCUAAUUGUGAAGUACAAAAUUCAGAUCCUAAUCAAUUAGACUAUCGUGCAGGAAAUAGCAGUGCAACACCAUCAAUUUCUAUUCCUCAGUUUCCUAAUCCUGUUAUACCACCAUCUGAUUCUGGUAUUAUUCCUAAAGUUCACAAUGUUGUCAGUUCAGUUGAUUUAGGCUGCAAAUUAGAUUUACUUAAAAUUGCUUUGAGAUUGAGAAAUGCUGAAUACAAUCCUAGGCGAUUCCAUGCUGUUAUAAUGAGAAUACUGGAUCCUAAAACUGCUGCUCUCAUUUUUCGAAGUGGGAAAAUUGUCAUUACUGGUGCAAGGAGUGAAGCUGCUGCUCAUUUAGCUGCCAGAAAAUAUGCUAGGCUAAUUCAGAAACUAGGAUUUGAUGUAAAAUUUAUUGACUUCAAAAUUCAAAAUAUGGUUGCAAGUUGCGAUGUCAAAUUUCCUAUUCAAAUAGAAGAUUUAUAUAGCAAACAUUGCCAAUUCUGCAGUUAUGAACCUGAGCUUUUUCCUGGUUUAAUUUACAGACUAGUAAAACCUAGAGUGGUUGUACUUAUAUUUGUAUCUGGCAAAAUCGUUUUAACAGGUGGGAAAAGUAGAGAAGAAGUGAAAGAAGGAUUUGAACUCAUAUAUCCUGUUUUAACAGCAUAUCGAAAAUUGUGAAACAUGUGGAAAUAUGAAAUUUGUAAAUAUAUGUACAUACCUAAUGCUUUGUAUUUUUCUAUUUAUGUGUAUACUGAUUACAAAAAAUAAUAAUGAUCACACUUAUUUGUUUAGUCACUAUUAUUUAUAAUUAUAUCGCUCAUAACUGCAUUCCCCCUCUAAAAUAUGUUAUCACUUUCACUUAAAAAAAAUUCAAACAUAAUUUUGUGUAAUCCUCUUCAUUCCUUAUUUCUUAAAAAGAAAUAUUUAUUAUUGAAACUUUUUAUUAUUUCCUUGUGUUCUCUUUAACUUUUGUAUCUUCCUCCCACUAUAAUUUGAAUAUAAUACAUU